GUCUACACCUCUUAGUCUGUGCCUCUGUGGUCUGGUCUUAAACGUUAAUCUUGCUUUUAUUCUACUGGAAAAAAGGAUAUAGUAGCAUAAAAUGAAAUACGCUAACCCUGAAAUAUCUUGGCACAAUCGUGAACCAGUAUUAAGUAUCGACUUUCAGCCCAAAUCUAGUGAUGGCCUUCUCAGAUUAGCAACGGGAGGGACUGAUUCUCACGUUGUGAUGUGGAGUGUAAUUGUUGGAAAAAAUGGAGCAGGUUCUGUGGAAUUCCUUUCUGAUUUAGAUAAACAUAGUAAACCUGUCAAUGCAGUCCGAUUCUCACCAAAUGGAGAAAUGUUAGCUUCUGGUGAUGAUGAAGGUAUCAUUUUGCUUUGGAUGCUGCAACUGAAUGAAGAUGCUGCUAAGAAUGAAGAAAAAUGGACUGUUCGAAAAAUUCUUAGGGGACAUAUGGAAGAUGUCUGUGACGUGUGCUGGUCUCCUGAUUGCAUGAAGAUUUUGUCAGGGUCUGUGGAUAACACAGCCAUUUUAUGGGAUGUCAGCAAAGGGAAAUCAAUCAAACUACCAGAACACAAGGGAUUUGUUCAAGGAGUAACUUGGGAUCCCAAGAACAAAUUUGUUGCAACAUUAAGCAGUGACAGGAGUUGUAGAGUUUACUCACUUCUGACCAAAAAAGUGGAAACUCUAAAUUCGGUGCAAAUAAAAAAUGCCGAUGGUGAAGAAAGGCCUCACCAAAUUUUUCACGAUGAUACACUCAAGACAUUCUGUCGUCGCUUGAACUUUUCGCCGGACGGUAGGAUUCUCUUUGCCCCUUGUGGCCUUUUGGAACUUGAUGAGGUUACCACUACCGAUGACAGCGAACCCACCAAGAAAAAAAUCUACACCACUUACGCAUUCGUUCGCUAUGAUAAUUUCUCGAAGCCGGCUGCAUAUUAUCCAUCAGACGAUGGCUAUUCGGUUGCUGUUCGCUGUUGUCCGAUCCUGUUCGAAUUGCAACCAGGCCAGCCAUCUUGUUACGACAUUCCUUACAGGAUGAUAUUCGCUGUCGCAACAGAGAAAUCUAUUCUGCUCUAUGACACGCAGGAGAUGGCACCUUUUGCACGAAUUAGUCGUAUACAUUACACCCGCCUUACUGACGUGGCCUGGUCUAGCAAUGGACGGAUCCUAGUCGUUUCAUCUAUGGAUGGCUACUGCUCGAUUGUAACGUUCAGUGAUGGCGAGCUUGGAAAACCUUAUGAGACCAUGAAAUGUGUGGAGGAAGCAGUCUCGCCAAAUUUACCUUCCAGUUUCCAACCAUUACUACAGGGGGAAAUAUUCCACGAAAAUGUUCAGCCGAUAAUCGAUGACGAAGAUUUCCACCUGGCCAACGAAGUCACCGAAAUGACCCUAGACACUCCUGCUGCACCUUGUCCUCCUACCCAAAGCAAGUUGAAUUCCAAAUGCACCGCCCAGGAAAGUCCGAAAUGCGUCAACGUUCGCAACAGUCCGAAACGUGUUAAAUUAGUGACGCUUCCCAGUCCCAAGAAGUAACCCUGUAGCUGUAGAAGUUUUAUUUCGUAUGUAAAAAACGAACCCCUUCUUACUUAAAAUUGAUCCUUAUGUUUUUGUUCAAGUUCGAAUAUAAUUUACAUUUAAAAUA